CACGCCCACGUCUUUCCAGCAUGGUGGACUAAAGCGUCGUUGUUUAUUAUUGUUACAAAGUAAACAUAGCUAACGUUAUAUAUAUAUAUAUAUAUGUGUGUGUGUGUGUGUGUGUGUGUAUCUUUAUGUGACUGUGGGGGAUUUCAUGGCGCAUAUCCGGUUGUCUCUCGUCUUUGAAACGAGGAAAUAGAUGUCAGACGAUAGAAUCCCUGCUUAAACUCUACUGUCGCUUGUUAGCUUGUUAUGCUAACGUUAGCCGGCUGAAGAAUGAAGACCUCCAACGGAAACAGCACCGUCAUGGACAUGUUUGAAAAGGGAAAGGUCCUGAAAAUAUGUGCGCCAAUGGUUCGAUAUUCAAAGCUUGCAUUCAGGUCCUUGGUGAGGAAAUACGACUGUGAUAUCUGCUUCACCCCAAUGAUAGUUGCUUCUGACUUCAUGCGAUCUGUGAAAGCCAGGGACAGUGAAUUCACAACCAAUGAGAGUGACCGGCCCUUGAUCGUGCAGUUUGCGGCCCCUGAUGCCCAGACUCUGGCUGAUGCAGCCUGUGUGGUCGCACCUUUCUCAGAUGGGGUUGACCUCAACUGUGGCUGUCCACAGAGGUGGGCUAUGUCAUCCGGGUUUGGUGCAUGCCUCAUCAACAAGCCUGAACUUGUGAAAGACAUGGUCAGACAUGUCAGAAAUCAAGUGGGCAAUCCAAACUAUACAGCGUCCAUCAAAAUUAGAAUUCACAAUGACCUGAGGCGGACAGUGGAUCUGUGCCAGAAGGCUGAAUCAGCAGGUGUGUCAUGGAUAACGGUCCACGGCCGCACAGCAGAAGAACGCCACCAGCCAGUCCAUUAUGACGCCAUCAAGACAAUCAAAGACAGCCUAUCCAUCCCGGUAAUCGCCAAUGGGGACAUAAAGUACCUCCGCGAUGUGGAGUCCACUCACCAGCUCACUGGUGUCGAUGGUUAUCGCCAGAGGCCCUCGCUUGAGAUGACGCUGCAAUGGACUGUUGUGGCUCUCUUUCUCUAUGUGGAGAUGGGCAUCCUCGUUAUCCUCUGUUUACCCUUCAUCUCUGCCAGGAGAUGGCAGAGUAUUUUCCAGCUGAGGAUCUGGAACUGUGUGACAAAGUUCUGGAACAAAGUGUUUCUCACAAUGAUCAUCAUACUCAUUGUCCUCUUCCUUGAUGCAGUGCGUGAGGUGAGGAAAUAUUCAGCUAAAGAACUCGGCACAGACACCAAGCUGCUACCGAACAUGUUUGAUCACCUGCACAUGAAGCUGUUCAGAGCCCAGAGGAACCUCUACAUCUCCGGCUUCGCUCUCUUCCUCUGGCUGGUUAUGAAGCGAGUGAUCACCUUGAUUAACCAACUGGCAUCGGUGUCUGGCUCUACGGCUGCUCUUCAGGCGCAGGCUGAGAACUCUACCCAGACUGCCAAGAAAUGCAAAGAGGACAAUGAGCUGCUGAAACAGACUCUGAUGGAAGGGAAGGAUGAUAAGGCUACCGGAGAGGGCAUGAAGCUGUUGAGAGAAGAGGUGGAGAAACUGCGUGAAGAACUGAGGAUCUCAGGAGAUGCACUGAAGAACUCCCAGUCAGAGGCAGAUGCAAUGAAGAAGCAGAUGGAUGGCUACGCCAGGGAGUACGAACGACUGCUGAAAGAACAUCAGGAGCUCCAGAAUCUUCAAGAUAGUGGAAACAAAAAAGAUGACUAGUUAUUGUAAGAAACUUAAAGGGUGAAGUGUUUACGCAGAAAAUUAGCCCAAUCACGAGAGAGCCACUGCAACGCAUGCUUCACCUUCAUAUAGCACCUUGUGUCACACAGCAUAUCAUAAAGCCACCAUUGGCUCCCCUGGGAUAAUGGCCUGACUGGUAUCCGUAAUUGUUUUAAAGCAUGGAGGUGGAUUUUGUUAUUGCAGGAGUAACAUUGGAUGCUUUCUUGUUUCUGCCUGCUGUAGUGUGACUUUGCAGCCUGGAUAGAGUUCAGUCAGUAGUUGAUCCGGGUCUGAUCACAGAGCACUUGAUAUGUUAAAAGAAAUAUGCAGCAAGGACGGCUACAUAGUGCAAGACUUGUCAACAGCUGGAGCAGCGACGGCUAUGAAUGUAUUUUUGAUACGUCUUUCUGUCUGUAGCAGGGACACCUGCUGCACCCACUUUGAGCUUAACAGUAUGUAAAUUCAGCCAGCGCUCGCAUGGCUGUGCAAAUCUAUUUGGCAUAUACAGUUGCACUUCACAUGUUUUUGUUGUAUUCCAGCUGAUGAUCUGUUUAGCUGGUACAUACGUUUUGUUUUCUUUUUUUGUUCCCUUCUUAACUUGAACUUGUAAAUGUUGAAGAUGGAUAGAGAUACAACUGAAUAUCUGUGGGCAUAGAAAAUUGGUUUCAACCACUCAGAUCUUACUUAAGGUUUAAAUGUCUUCACUUCAAACUUUUAUGGUCCAGAUUGUCGUAUAUUUGCUGCACUGCGUGUUGUACUGUUUGUAGUGAAGCGGGGCUGUGGGGGUUUUGUUGCCUUAUCACUGUGAAAGAGGAGAUGAGAUUAUAAUCAUCGGAUGCUUCAAGUUUUUUAUUGAUAAGUGAAUAUGUUAUUGGGUUUGUCAAAGUAACUUUUCAGGUGAUAAAAUUGCAAAAAGACCUUUUUCAAGUUGUAUUCUGUUGGAAGAAAGAAAUCACAUAGAAGUGCCUUUUAGGUACACUUUGUUCAAUAAAGAAUUUCUCUCUGC